AUGGCCAAGAGGAGCGUGCAAAAGACAAGAGAAGAGCCCAUUGAAGAAAUAGACCUAAGCUCGGAAGACUACGAGACAUACAGGCCAACAGGCACGGAGGAGGGCGAGCUUGAGGUGGAUGAGGAGGCCUAUUCUCUACUCGAGUACAUCAGUUUGGAGUGGCCGUCCAUGAGUCUGGAUAUUUGCAAGUCCAGGAUCGUCCUGGGAACCUUUCCAGACCGAGAUCGCACAGAAGAGCAUGACAACCAAAUAGUUGAAGUGGAACUGGAGAGGACUGCAGACGGCAGUGGGCUUAGCGUGCUUGAAUUUAGAACACAUCCAGCCGACAGAGCAUUCAACAAAGUCCGGAUCUGCAAUGCGAUCUUUGCGCUUUCGGACAGCUUUCUCACAAAGUUUGAUCUGGAAUGCAAUGUUGUUGCAGAGGUAAAGGGGUUCUUCAGGUUUGGGCUGCAUGUUUCAGACAGCUAUGUAAUCGUCGGGUGUGAAAAUGGCAACGUCGAGGUCUACAGCCACAGUCUCGAGCUACUGGGCUGCAUAUCGUCUGGCGAGUCUCCGAUUGAGUGUGUGGGCUUCGAUGAUGCUCGGAGCAUAAUAGCCACGGGGUCGCUAGACCACAGGGUCCGAAUAUUUGACCUGAAGGGAGAGCUGCUCUCAACCAUCGAAAACGACUCGGAGGUUAAUUCUUUGGAUGCCAGAAACGGACAUGUAGUGUUUGGCGACGAUAAUGGCAGAGUGCAUCUCGUAAAUCUUGAAACUGGCAGCAGGGAAGUCUUUGAGUGGCAUUGCACGCCCAUUUCGUUUGUCAGGUGGAGGGACGACGAGGUGUUUGUGACAGGAUCUGACGAGCAGGUCUGUCUCUGGGAUAUUACUCUGGAGGACGAGCAGGGCCUGGAUGUUCCCCGAAGCCUUCUCUUUGUGCAUCAGGGCCAAAGAUGCUAUAAGGACUGUGCAUUUUAUGGAAGCUCGAUAGCCGUGACCAGUGAGGACGGGCUGUGUGUGUUUGAGCCGGUUUCGUUUGCUGAGCUGUCUGAAUAA